UCACGCUUGACUUUUCAACUUUUUUGUCCACGCUUUUCUCUUGCACCACUCAACCAAUUCAACCGGAUGACACGAUUGACUAUUUUUGUUGUAGCGUGAAAUUUACUUGCUCGCUCAACAUUGUUAGGCUAGGCGCGAAGCGCCUAAUCAAACAAACCUAGUAAUUUUUAUCCAAUAGGAAAUUACUACUGUGAUAACCAUAAAAUAUAUGUCGGUAAAAAAUUCUACACAGUAACACAUUCUACAAGGAAAUGAGAGUACAAUAACAAAGGUUUUAUCUUAUUUUGACAGCUAUAUAGGAAACACCGGAAACAUGUGAUUAUAUGAACCCUUUGCAAGAAUGUUAAUAUUUCUGUGAUAUUUAACAAUUAUGAAAUUAUGAAAUAAUUGGUUUUCCUAUAUACAUUUGGUCAAAAAUAAAUGAAAAUAUUUCAAUAGGUGCAAUGUUAUUAUACACUAAACAGUAGAUAUGUAACCUAUCAUAAGGGAAAUUUUGAAGAUAAACUUAUAAAUUUUAUAAAUUUAAUCGGAAAUUAGUCUGGUUACUAAAAAUUUUCGUAAUUAUGAAUUCUGAAGAAAGCCAUAAAAAUUCAUUACCAAAUGUUAGUGACCAAAAUACAGCUGUAUAUAAAUCUCAAUUUAUUGGACUUGAUGAUAAACCUUAUGCUACAAAAUGCCUUUUAUGUAGUUUAAAGUUUGUUCUUCCUCAGAACGAAGAAGAUCUUUUAAUUCAUUUAUUUAAAGAACAUAGACUUGUAAUAGGAGAUGUUUGGAAAAUUGCAAGUUUAAAAAGUUAUAUACAUUAUUGGGGCAUUAAGUUUGAAAAAGAACCUCUAACUACAUAUUGUACAACUGUAUUAAUGAAAUGUACACCUGAUGGUAAACCAAGUGAAAAUGAAACAUAUUAUUUACUUUCUGAUUGCAUCUCUGAAGAUAAGGCCGUGAGAGAUGAAAUACAUAGAGCUAGAUUGGAAUGGGUUUUAAGUGUACAAACAAAUGAGAGAACUGAUACAAACUUCAAACGUGGUUGUAUCUUUUGUCGAAUGGAAUUUUCAGGCUUACGUAUCACAUAUGUAAAGCAUUUGGCACAAAAACAUAAUUUGUAUUUGGGAAAGCCAGAUAAUUUGGUGUUCAUAGAUGAACUUUUAGAUAAGAUUCAAACUACUAUAGAAAAUUUAAUAUGUAUAUACUGUGAGAAAUUGUUCAAAGACCGUACAGUGCUAAAAGAACAUAUGCGUAAAAAGUUGCAUAAACGUAUAAAUCCUAAUAAUAAAGAAUAUGACAAAUUUUACAUAAACAACUAUUUGGAACCUGGAAAAUCUUGGAGGCAUAAACAGACUCAUUUUAAAGAAAGGAGAGCAGAAGAUCAAAGUAGUGAAAAUGAAGAUGAAGAUACAUGGUCUGAUUGGGAUGAUGAUGAAGGUGUUAAUAUAUCAUGUUUAUUUUGUAAUUAUAAUGACAAGAACUUUCAUGAUAUUUUUACCCAUAUGAAAACAAAUCAUGAUUUUGAUUUUAAAGAUGCAACAAAGGGACUAACAUUUUAUCACAAGGUAAAAGUGAUAAAUUAUGUGAGAAGACAAAUUUAUUUACAACAUUGUAUUUUUUGUGAAGUGAGAAUUAAUAAUGUCUUGGAACAUAUGAAAGAACACAAUCACUUUAAAAUACCUGCACAAAAGAUAUGGGAUCAACCAGAGUUUUAUUUCCCUAUGUGUGAAAAUGAUUCUUUUUUAUAUAAUUUGGAUACAAAUGGUAGCAGUGAUGAGGACAGUGAUGUUGAAAAUGUUACAAAGUCAGUUUGUGAAAUGUCAACUUAGUAAUGAUUAUGUAAAGAUAUUUUACUUUAAUUAUGUAUGUUUAGAGUGAAUUUGUAAAUAAUAUUAUUAAAAAGUUAAUAUAAAUUUAAUU